AUGGAGUCUGUCUCGGUCUUACACAGUAAGUCACCUUCGUCCCGAGCUACCUCGACUGAGUUGAAACUGGAACAGGAGCUCAAACUGGCUCAACUAUGCAUUAAGAAGUUGGAAUUGGAGGCAGAAACCUCCAAAUGUAUCAGUGAAGCUGAACGGAACCUCACGAAACAGAUCAGUAUGCUGGAGGAGGAGGAGCUGUCAGUCGUUUCAGGCCACAACUCACGACCACGUUCUCCACAGCAUGGUGAGAAGCUGAAACGGAUCACGGUUGCCCGAUACACAUCUGACCCUGCUUGCCUCUUGGACCACCUAAUCUCGGCUUGCGAAGGCGAAGCAGCCGAGGCAAUCCAAAGGUGUACGGACCUGGAGCCUCAGGAAAGUUACGAAGAAGCACUGCAUAUUCUAGAACGGCGUUUCGGUGGACCUCAUAUGAUCGCGAGGUAUCUGAUGAAGCAGCUGCGCCGUAGCUGGACUCAUCUACACAAGCCGACAGACUCAUCACGACUGAAAAAUCGGAAACCAGAAAGCCAAACAACAAUGUCCGACAAGCUUCAAUAA